UCAGGAUCAGGAUCCACAUUUCAAACUGCUGUGCUGGAAGUAACUCCGAAUGGCAGAAUCUGGUGAAUGCUGAGUAAAAUGACACAGCCGAUCAGGGAACCUCUCCAGAGGAGGAAGUCACUGGGACCCAUGUCACCAAAUGCUGCAAAACGACUCUACCGUAACCUGUCCUUCAGGUUAAAGGGCAGCUCCAGCUCGGAGGAGGGCUGCCUCAUCAAAAAAAUUGAGAAGGAAAGGAGCAAGAAAUCUUCAUCAAUGAACAUACAGUACGAUUCAGUCUUUGAUGCCGUGGAACAUGAGGACCUUGAUGCAGUUCAGCGGAUACUUGAACGUCCUGGCACACUUGACAACCUCAAUGAGGCUACGAGCAAUGGCCUGGUACCUUUGGAUAUUGCUGUCCUGACUAAUAACAUCUCAAUGGCAAGCCUCUUAAUGAAUGCUGGAGCCAGGGACAACCAUCAGUUCAAUGAAGGAAACUGGUCUGUGCAUCUGACAGCAAUAGUGAGCAAUGCAGGGCAGAAGAUUUCCGAACUGACAGAACUCAGGAACGAAGAGUCAGAGGCUGAUUUCCACAACAAAACCAGGGCACUUCGGACUUGGAGAUUUCGAUACAAGCUGUAUAAGCAAAUGAAAGCUGCUUUUGACAAUGCUUAUGUUCCUGAUUCUCCAGAGAAUGUGUGUUUGUUGGUAACAGGCAGUACAACUCUUCAAGUCACAUUUGAGGAACCACAAAAGACAGACACCUUGAUAAUCACCCGAUAUAAAGUGGAAUGGAGUUACUCUGAAGCCUUUGAAACCAGAGCAGGAGUUGCUGUUGUCGAGGAUUUAAAGACCCUGCAGUUAACAAUUGAAGGCCUCAUCACGGGUGCUCUCUACUACGUACGUGUUUCAGCUUACAACCUGAAAGGCUGGGGACCACCAAAGCCUUCUUCUCCCCCCUGUGCUGCUCCUUCUAGUUGGAAAGAAUGUUCAGAUAUUAAGCUGAGGCACAAGAACCAAAGCCAAGCAGUGCUGCAGCUUCUGGAGAGAGUGAAGGGUCCUUGUCAUCGGAGCUUCUUUGUGGAAGCUUCCAAGGUUCAUGUGCCUAGUAAGAGGCUCUUGGUCUCUCGAAGCCUCAAGUACCUCUUCCAAAAUACAAGCAAAUUUGUCAAGACUCUGCAGAGGGGAGUAUACUUAGCUGCCAUUUUCUUCUACAAAGAGAACAUUCUGGUGACGAGCGAGGAUCAGCUCCCGAUUGUUGAGAUUGAUAGUUGCUGCUCGGGCUCCGACAUGCAAGAAUUCCUCUGGUUCUCCAAGCUUUCCUGUAUGUGGAAGGACAUCCAGUGGCUGCAGCAGGGAAUGAAUUCCACACUCUCUUCCUCCUCCUCAGUGCUACAGACCAGGCAGAAGAUGUUAGUAGCAGUGUCCCAGCUCCAGAGCUCGUUGGGGACACAAGACCUGGGCCAAGUGCACUUUGAGCCAAUCAAGGAUAAGCUCGGCAAUGUUCUGAUCCUAACUGUCAAGGAGUUGCUUCCGUCACAGGCGUUGGACAGUGUCCGAUGGAUCCCACUGUCAAAGCUUCACAACUAUCGGAAAUCAGUCUCUGCCCUUGACUGUAUCACCGCGCUGGACAUGCUGCUAAUGACCAUGAAGGACAAGCUGGAGUAUCACCAGCGGAGCAGUCAGCCCUUGCCUCCAGGCCUCUAUCUCGGGUAUCUCAAACUCUGCAGCUCUGUGGAUCAGAUUAAAGUCCUCGUACCCAACAGGUUUCCCAACAUUCUCUGUCACACUAAGAUAAGGAACAACAAAAACGUGUCCAGGGAGGAGUGGGAAUGGCUGCAGAAGGUGUCAUCUCUGAAUGAUUCCAUUGUCACUGAAGGGAAUACUGGGAGCCCACAGUGCCGUUUCCUGGAGGAACUCCGUGCGGCUGUGAAGAACCUCCUCAUGCAAGUGGAUGUACCCCUCAGCCAGGCUGUGGAUUUUCGCCUAUACACACAGGAAGUGCUGGAGUUUGGAGAAAAAGUCUCCUUCCUCUUGUUGCUUCCUCCCAUAGAUGAUGUAUGCUCAGCCCCAGGACAGGAUGGACAUCCCUCAGGGUUUCUCACCCUGCCUCUUCAGAUCUUCGAGCUUGUGCACUUCUGCACCUAUGAACAAGAGCUGUUUGCACAGUACUGCCAGACCUCGAUCUUACUGGAACUGGACUCUCUGCUCUCCCAGCAAGCUUUGAGGGAAGCCAUUGAUAAUACCGAACUGAUUGAAGCAAAGGAGAAACAUGGCCAGGUGACAGACCUCAUUCAGCAAUUGGAUGAUAUUUGGAAGGAAGUCCGCUGGAUCACAGACGUACUGCAGUAUGCCCGAUAUCGUCAGCCUCCCACUGGAACCCCUCUAUCCUGGAUCCUGGAGAUCUCAAGCACAGUGGACAGUAGGAAAGCAGAUUCAGUCUCAAACCCCCAGAAUGCUACUGAUCUCUCUCUGGAUUAUAAUGACAGAAAGAAAUCUUCAGAUUGUAAAGAAAUCCUGGAUGAAGAUGAUGUUUUCUGGCCAGUGGAAGGAGACUACGAUUCUAACCAGGUCCUCACACCCAAACAGAUAGAUCCAGUGUGGUCCCUAGACAGGGAGCACCAUCACUGGGGCACUGGCACUGCCAUAGACACAGACUGUACAAAGCUCCCGCAGCACUUUGCUCUCCAUAGUGAACAGCACAGACAUAGGAAAGCUGACAAAGAGCACUAUCGGACAGGGAGUCUGGAACUUAAAAGCCAAGCAGUCAAGGAAGGCACCUCCUGCAAGUUCUGGUCACAGCCAACAUCAGUGGAUGAGAGCACAGAGCAGUCUGAUCACGAAGAACCAUACCCUUUCACUACUGAGGCUGUCCAACACAUCCAUCUACCUGAAUGUAGUUUGGUGGAGUGGAUCAAGGAGUCUCAGGACACCUAAGCCUUCUGUUACCCUAAAACUGGACCAACUGCUCAGAUGUAAAAUAUCCCACCUCAGAUUAGGGUUAUACAACAUCUCUGAGAUAUUUUCAAAUAGAUUCAAGUGGUCAUUAUGUUAUGUCACUUUAUUCCAUGAAGAAGGACUUGCAUUUCUAUAGCACCUUUCAUGACCACCAGACAUCCGAAAGUGAUUUACAGCUAAUGAAUUACGUUUGUGCUAUAGUCACUGUCAGAAGGGAGGAAACGCCAUGACAAUUUGUGCACAGCAAGAUCACACGAGAUGAUAAUAACCAGAUAAUGUGAUUGUUGUUUGAAUGAUAAAGAGAAAACUCCCCUGCUCUUCUUCAAAAGUAACGCCUGCAAUCUUUCGUGUCUCCUGUUGUGGACAGUUAACGCUGCAUCUCAGAGGCAGCACCUGUGAUUCUGCAGCAUUCCCUCAGUGUUGCACAAAGAAUGGGGCCAUCUAGCCCAGCAUGAACAUGUUGGUUGAAGAAAUAUUCACCCAGAUUAAUCCCAAUCUACCUCUUCGACCAUCCCCCUAUAGAUUACCGCAGUGUCCAGAUACAUCCGUGAUAUCAUUCUCCCUUUUCUGCUGGGGAGCAGCACCCAGGGUUUUGACCCAAAACUUUGGCAAUUCCUUUCCUCCCACAGAUGCUGCUCGACCCGCUGAGUUCCUCCAGCAGAUUGUCUGUUACUCCAGAUUUUUUUCACAUGCUGAAUGAAAGGAAUCAUCUCAACUGCACUUUAACCUUCUACCAGUUCUUUAAAUUUAUGCCCCCUAGCUAUUGACCUCUCACACAAUCAUAAUCUUGGAAAAUUAUGGCACAAAUGAACAUUUGAUCCAUGUGUUCAAAUUAGUCCCACGGUUCAUCCUGGCCUCAUAACCUUGUUGGUUAUCGUGCUUCAAAUACUCGUCCAAGGACUUUUUUAAAUGUACUGAGCAAUUUGCCCUGUCAGACAGCGAGUUCUAGAUCCUGUCACACUUCAGGUUAAAAAUAAUUCUCAAUUCCCAAUUAUCCUUUAAUUGUCUUAAAUUUACAUUCCUUAUUUUUUGACUUAAGAAACAGAAAAUGCUGGAAACACUCAGCAGGUCAGGCAGCAUCUGUGGAAAAAGAAAGGGAGUUAACCUUUCAGGUCACAAAUCCUUCAUCAAACUGAAAAAGUGAGGGAGGUUUUUGACUUCUGUGCUCAAGGAAAUAGCUUCUUCCUGUCUAAACCUCCAUUUUGCUAAACCCCUCAAAUAAAUCUCCUCCCAUUCUGGCCAGUUUCUCCUCAUAGCUGGCCAGUUUCUCCUUGUGAAACACCUCUGUACCCUCCCUAGUGAAGUCACACAGUGUGGUGACCAGACCCGUGCCUGCACCAGCUGUGUUUGGUGAGUGUUUGAUACAGUUUAGCUCUAAUGUUCUUGGCUGUCAUUAAUAUAAAGACAAGUAUCCUGUGUGCUGCUACUUUCUGGGAGCUGCAGACCUACAUUCCAAGAUCUCUCUGUUUUCAUGUUUGUUUACAACACAGAAGGUUAUUUGACCCAUCAAGUCUCAACAGCUGUCAAAACCAUCAAUCCCAUUCCCCUAUUUUUUUUCCCGCAGCCUAUUCUCUCUCAUAAGCCCAUCAGCUCCCCCCGAUUCUCAUACCACCCACCUACACUUGGGGUAAUUUACAGAAGCCAAGUAAUUUACAACCAACCGAUACAUCUUUAGGAUGUGGGGUGGAAGUUGGAGCACCCGGGGGAAACCAGUCACAGGGAGAACGUGCAAACACCACACAGGCUGCAUCUGAUGUCAGGAUAAAACAUGGGUCACCUAAGCUGUGAGGCAGUUCCACUCACUGUUCCUCUACACUGUAUGGCAUCCUACAUUGAUCAUGUAUUCCCUUUCCUUGUUUGCCUGAGCCAAUUUUGGAUCCAUCUUUCACUGAACCAAUUUUGCAUCCACCAUUGGAUCCACCAUCCAUCAUUGGAUCCACCAUCCACCACUGAGCCAGUUUUGGAUCCAUCUUUCCACUUUUCCAUAGAUUCAUUAAGCUUUUACUGAAAGAGCUAUGCUUUCCUUAGUUAUCCUUUUGCUUAACAUGAAAGGUAUGCCUGCAUGGCCCUCCAAAGCCACCGAAUUUGAAGUCCUGCACAUACCCUUGGCCCUACCUUUUUGAUUUGUGGGAAGAUACUUGGAUCUGAACUCUCUGGCUCAAAUGCUUCCUACUGCUCUAACAUCGAUUCACUUUUAAGUGCCAAUUUGCAGUCCACCUUUGCUGAAGUACAUCUCAGCUGAAAACUGACCUUAGUUCUUGUUCUUGACUUUGUGUUUUUUUAAUACUAUGCUAACUUUAUUAUGAAUUAUGAUCACCAUUAACAACAUUGAUCCACACUGAUAUCCUCCUGCCCCGCUUGAUUCCCAAAAAUUAUCUGAAGCACCCUCUCUAUAUACUUCAAAGGGUUUUCCUGAACACAUUCCAUUAAUACUGAGAUGUUGACCUUCUGUUUGCUGUUCUACCUCUGACUGUUUGGUGGUCAAUUGUACAUUCCUAGCAAUGUCACUGACACUUCUUGUUUUUCAUUUCAACUCAAAUGGCCUCAAAAGAUGAUUCUGCUGGUACAUCACACUCCCCAUCACUGUAACUGUUCCCCUAACCAAUAUUUCAUAUCUAUUUAUGACAUAAAGGGGGCCAUUCAGCCUGUUGUCUAUACUGGCCCUGAGCAAUCCCAUUAAUUCUUUUCUCCCACAUAUUCCCCUAUAUUCUCUCUCACAUGUCCAACAACCCAGCCUGAUUCUCCUACCACUCAUCUACACACUAGGGGAAAUUAGCCCCUCAACCUACAUGCCUUUGGGAUGUGCGAGGGAAUUGGAGCACACGGGAACCUCAAAUGGUCACAGGGAGAAUGUGCAAACUCCACACAGACAGCACCAGAGGUCAGGAUAGAACCUGAGUUGCUGGAGUUAUGAGGCAUUAGCAUUGCCUGCUGCACCACUGUGCCACCCAUACUAUUUGCCUUCCCUUCUAUUUUAAACAUUCUCUCAUAAACCCUACACCAAAAGUGUUGAGCUGCUGACCCACCCUUCUUUGAGCCCUGUUUCACUAAUAACACAGGUGCAAAUAUCUGUAUGCCUUCAACAUGCCUGCUUAUUCACUCAUCCCCUCAUUUUGAGGUAUAUACCAUCAAGCAUUUCUAAACUUCUGAUUCUGCACUCACCUUUCCAUCACUUGCCAAACUAGAUUAAAGCCAGUGAGUUCCUUUGUUAAUCAAACACAAUGCAGCUCAGCAAGAAAAGUAUUGGUCCCAUCAAGCAUGUCGCCUUCUUUGAAGGAGCUUUCUGAUUGGUCCUUUAGUCUGCUCUUUCCCAGCAAAAUAGCUCUCCAAAUUUUUCAUUUUCAAAUGUUUAUUCAAUUCCUUUUUGAUACUGAAUCUGCUAACACCAGCCUUCCAGGAAGUGGAUUACAGAUAAUAAUAACUAAUAGUGUGGUCUUCGUUUUCAUCAUGAUGAUCUUCAGUUCCCUUCUGGUUCUUCUCAUCAAUUAUCUUAAUAAAGACCAGAGGAUUUACAGUCAGCAAAUUAAAAGCCCUGGCAAUCUGUCUCCCGAAGACCAGGCAAUUCAAUGCAAUUUGUGAUUAUGUAUUCCUUUCUGGUUUAAGUAUUGUGGGUCUGGAGGUUUGGGAUAACACUGUGGCCUCAUUAGUUGAUAUAUCUGACCACUGAUUUGGGUCAAUAACAACAGCUUGCUGACAAUAACUCCUUUGCUUUAGUAAAACAUCUCAAGAAACUUCCCAAAAUGUGCUAUAAAAUAAAUGUAAGGUGAUAUUAGGACCAGUGCUAGAGAGUUACUCAAAUUACUGAGAUUGUGGUUAUAAAACUUCGCUCAUAAUCCAAGAUUACUUAAAUUGGUGAUACAUUCCUGAAGAACCAAAUUAUGCUAAUGUCUUCAAUUAUCCCUUUCACAACAGCACCAGCCCAGUCCCAGGCUCUGUAGUGAUCAAAGAAUAGCUCAGAGACACUCAUCUCCUGAGUUUUCUUAUCCCUGGACAACUCGAGAGACAGCUGAGCCAAGGGUGCAUCAUUGGUCUUUGAUUUUAUUUACUUGUUCAUAGGGUACGCCAUCACUGCCAAUGUCAACAUUUACUGUCCUUCAUUAAUUAUCUCUGAACUGAGAAGGCAGUGAAGGGUCAACAGCAUUGGAGGAUCUGGACUCACGUGUGGGCCAGACUUGGUAAAGUUGGCAGAUUUCCUUCCCUGAAGGACAUUAGUCAACCAGAUAGGUUCUAUCACAAUCUGCUAGCAUCAUGGUACCAUUACUGGGGCCAGCUUUAAUUCCAGAUUUAAUUACUUGAAUUUAACCCCACCUCAAGCUACUGAGAUGGGAUUUGAACUCAUGUCUCCAGAUCAAUGAUCCAGAAAUCUGGCUACUAGUCCAGUAUUUAACACUACCAUAAUGUACAAAUGUGUUGCACUGUAUCCAAGAAUGUUGGACUGUGUACAGAUAAAUCAGAUUGUGUACAGGUAUUUGGAAAUGAACCUUUCUCAGCCUUUCAAUAAAAUUAGACCAACUCAA